GAACUUUGACUAUGGCAGAACAAUUUUGACAGAUAACGCGCCGUGGCGAUUGGUUCAAAGUCCGGACACACAGACAGACGGUCGGAGAACUGGAUGAUACUCACAGGCACUGCUGUUGCUGCAUGACAUGUUCAGAACACAAUAGACCACACGCAGGGCUCGUAUACAAUUCUGCGUGUGUGUAGAGGUGUUUCUGAGGGUGUGUGUUGAGGGACUGCGAGGCAGGAAAGGAUGGAUAUUCUGGAGACACACGCCUUUGAUAGCAGGCAGCGCAGAAAUGCGUCCUGCAUGCUGUUUCUGUCCCUCCUUCCUUUCUUCCUCUCGGCAGCUGCCUACUUCCACCUGUACCUUCCGGUCACCUCUCCGUCGGUGGUGGCGGCCGGUGCCAAGUGUGCCCCCGUGGUGUGCCUGGCCCUGGUGGUCCUGAGUCGUAACGGCCUGGGCAGCCUGCUGGGGAUAGCCGGAGGCCUUCUCUUCUCAGCCGGCGGGGACGUCUGCCUCAUAUGGCCCGAGCUCUUUCUCCAUGGUGCGGGCCUGUUCGCCGUGGCCCACCUGCUGUACUCCCUCUGCUUCCUGUCCGAGCGCUACAUCAGCCUGUCCAAGGCCUCGUCCCUCUCCACCGUGCUCUACGUGCUGCUGUGGCUGGUGGGCGGCGCCGCCUACGUCUACCUCUUCCCCUUCCUGCAGAAGGCGCCCGAGGGCCACAUCCUGACGCCCGCGGUGGCCGUCUACGUCAUGCUCAUCGUGGCCAUGGCGACGCUGGCCCUGCGCACGCGCCGCGCCCUGACGCUGCUGGGCAGCCUGGUGUUCGUGGUGUCCGACCUGUGCCUGGCGCUGCAGCAGUUCAAGGUGGUGCCGGAGCACGAGUACGGGCAGCACGUCGUCAUGGCGACCUACUACCUGGCACAGCUGCUCAUCGCCUGGGGAGACAUCCGGGCCCAUGAUGACGAGCUCACCACCAAGUGGAAGAGCUUAUGA